ACCAGCUCCUCCGGCACCAGCAGCAAGCCUCGCCGCCGCCACCGCCCACCUUCUGCCGCCGCCGCCGCCGCCGCCGCCGCCACAACCACCUUCUCCUCCGCUGUCCUCUCCUAUCCUCGCCUUCUAUAAACCAUCAGGCUUUGAACCAGUAUGGCCGAACCUCGACAGGAGUUUGACACAAUGGAAGAUCAUGCUGGGGGCUACACUCUGCUCCAAGACCAAGACGGAGACAUGGACCAUGGCUUAAAAGAGUCUCCCCCACAGCCCCCUGCCGAUGAUGGAUCGGAGGAACCAGGGUCGGAGACCUCUGAUGCUAAGAGCACCCCAACUGCUGAAGACGUGACUGCGCCCCUAGUGGAAGAGAGAGCUUCCGACAAGCAGGCUGCUGCCCAGCCCCACAUGGAGAUCCCAGAAGGAACCACAGCUGAAGAAGCAGGCAUUGGAGAUACCCCGAACCUGGAGGACCAAGCCGCUGGGCACGUGACUCAAGAGCCAGAGAAGGUCCAGAUUUUCCCAGAAAGUUGGCUUGGAGGGCCAGGGCGCCAUGAAGGCCAGGCUCCAGACCCAGGGAUCUCAGAUUGGAUCUGCCAACCGGUGUCCACGGUGUCUGGGGCUCCCUUCCUGCCACAAGGCCUCAGAGAGGCUACAUGCCAACCUUCGGGGACAAGACCUGAGGAUGUAGAGAGAAGCCACCCGGCCUCUGAGCUGCUGCAGCAGGAGCCGCCUCAGAAGGAGGGAUGGGGCAAAGACAGGCUGGGGAGUGAGGAGGAGGUGGAUGAAGAUCUUGACAUGGAUGAAUCAUCCCAGGACUCCCCUCCCUCCCAGGCCCCCCUGGCCCCUGGCAGGACAGCCCCUCAGGCUGUCUCCAAGGAAACCACUGGCAUGCCUGGGUCUCCAGAUGAGGGUGUCAUCCCACUUCCUGUUGACCUCCUCUCCAAAGUCUCCACAGAGACCCAGGCCUCGCAGCCCGACGGGCCUGGCGCAGGGCCCAUGGAGGAAGGGCCCGAGGCUGCCCCAGAGUUCACAUUCCACGUGGAAAUCAAAGCCAGCAUGCCGAAGGAGCAGGAUUUGGAAGGGGCUACGUUGGUGGGGGCCCCUGGAGAGGAGCCCCAGGCCCAGGGCCCCUCUGUGGGAAAGGGCAUCAAAGAUGCUAGCCUUCUGGAACCAUCUGAGAAGCAGCCCGCAGCUGGCCUGCCAGGAAGGCCAGUCAGUCGGGUUCCUCAACUUAAAGCUCGAGUGGCCAAUGUCAGCAAAGACAGGGCUGGGAACGAUGAGAAGAAAGCAAAGACAUCCACACCUUCCUGUGCUAAACCCCUGAGCCGUAGGCCCUGCCUUACCCCCACACGCCCCAGUUCUGGUAGCUCAGACCCUUUGAUCAAACCCUCCAGCCCUGCCGUGUGCCCUGAGCCAGCCACCUCUCCUAAACACGUCUCUUCUGUCACACCCCGAAAUGGCAAUCCUGGAACACAGCAGAUGAAAGUCAAGGGGGCCGACGGUAAAACUGGAACCAAGAUUGCCACACCUCGGGGAGCAGCCCCUCCGGGCCAGAAAGGUACAUCCAACGCCACCAGGAUCCCAGCCAAGACCACGCCCAGCCCAAAGACUCCUCCUGGCUCAGCUUCCAAGCAAGUGCAGAGAAAACUACCCCCUGCACGGGCAAAACCUGAGAGAGGUGAACCACCAAAAUCUGGAGAACGCAGCGGCUACAGCAGCCCUGGCUCCCCUGGGACCCCUGGCAGUCGCUCCCGUACCCCAUCCCUACCAACGCCGCCUACCCGGGAGCCCAAGAAGGUGGCAGUGGUCCGCACUCCCCCCAAGUCGCCAUCUGCCAGUAAGAGCCGCCUGCAGACGGCCCCUGUGCCUAUGCCAGACCUGAAGAACGUCAGGUCCAAGAUUGGCUCCACUGAGAACCUGAAGCAUCAGCCAGGAGGCGGGAAGGUGCAGAUAAUUAAUAAGAAGCUGGAUCUUAGCAACGUCCAGUCCAAGUGUGGCUCAAAGGACAAUAUCAAACACGUCCCGGGUGGCGGCAGUGUGCAAAUAGUCUACAAGCCAGUGGACCUGAGCAAGGUGACCUCCAAGUGUGGCUCAUUAGGCAACAUUCAUCAUAAACCAGGAGGUGGCCAGGUGGAAGUGAAAUCUGAGAAGCUGGACUUCAAGGACAGAGUUCAAUCGAAGAUUGGUUCCCUGGAUAACAUCACCCACGUCCCUGGAGGAGGGAAUAAGAAGAUUGAAACCCACAAGCUGACUUUCCGGGAGAAUGCCAAAGCCAAGACAGACCAUGGAGCAGAAAUUGUGUACAAGUCACCCGUGGUGUCUGGGGACACAUCUCCACGGCACCUCAGCAACGUGUCCUCCACAGGCAGCAUCAACAUGGUGGACUCCCCACAACUGGCCACACUAGCCGACGAAGUGUCCGCUUCUUUGGCCAAGCAGGGUUUGUGAUCAGGCCCCUGGGGUGGUCAAUAAUCGUGGAGAGAAGAGAGAGUGAGUGUGGAAAAAAAAAAGAAUGAUCUGGCCCCUCGCCCUCUGCCCUCCCCGCUGCUCCUCACAAACCGGCUGACCGCCUUGUCACCUAACCUGCUUUUGUGGCUCGGCUUUGGCUUGGGACUUCAAAAUCAGUGAUGGGAAUAA